AUGCCCGGGGUAGCUUGGCUGUUUUACUCCAUGCUGGUGCUGCUCCUGCUGGCCCUGCUGGGGGCUGCUCUGUUCUUCUGGCAGCAUACUCCAGCAAGGAACAAGAUCCCCAGGGCACAGAGGCGUAGAGUGGUAGCUUUGCAGCAGAUGGAGGCACUGGCAAAGCGUCUCCGGCAGCAGGAGUGCACUGGAGUGGAUCAGUCAUUGACCUCUGUCCUCCCAUCUCCACAGGAGCCAUCCCUGGACCCCAAGCCCAACCUGGAGCUGCCCCUGGAGACACUGGUCCAGAAGCUGCAGGAUGAAGAACUCAGUGUGGAGAGCGUCCUGUGUAGCUACUUAGAGGAGGCACUGAAGGUACACCAGGAGGUGAAUUGCCUGACGGAUUUCCUGGGUGAGUGUGAGGAGCAACUACAGGCAUUGAAGAAGCUUAGGAAGACUGAGAGAGGCCUUCUUUAUGGGGUCCCUGUCAGCCUCAAGGACCCCUAUGACUGCAAGGGCCAUGAUUCUACAUGUGGUCUGACCCAGUUCCUGGGGAAGCCAGCGGCCAAGGAUGGGGUCAUUGUGCAAGUGCUCAAGGCUCAAGGAGCUAUUCCCUUUGUUAAGACCAACAUCCCUCAGACACUGUACAGUUUUGAUUGCAGCAACCCCAUCUAUGGACAGACUCUGAACCCUCUGAACUUAAAGAAGACACCAGGGGGCUCCUCAGGGGGUGAGGGAGCCCUGCUGGCAAAAGGAGGUUCCAUCCUGGGCAUGGGUACUGACACUGCUGGCAGCAUCCGCGUACCAGCCAGCUUUUGUGGUAUCUGUGGCUUCAGGACCACAGGAUACCGCCUCAGCCUCUCUGGAGUUUCCAGUGCUGUCAAAGGCAAGAUAUCAGUGACUACAGUGGCUGGCCCCAUGGCCCGGGAUGUGGAGAGCCUGGCCCUGUGUCUGCGAGCCCUGCUAAGUGAAGACAUGCACCGACUGGACCCUACUGUGCCUUUUAUGCCCUUCAGGGAGGAGGUAUACUCCAGUAACCAGCGCCUUCGAAUAGGCUUCUGUGAAACAGAUGGCUUCACCCAGCCAUCUCCUAGCAUGGCCAGGGCUGUGAGGCUCACCUCCAGGCUGCUCCAGGAUGCGGGACAUCAGGUCAUCCCCUUCUCCAUCCCCCAUAUAAAGUAUGCUGUCAAACACCUGUUCGAGGGGGGUCUGUUUGCUGAUGGAGGGGCCACCCUUCUGGAGAAGCUUGAGGGGGACAUUGUGGACCCCUGCAUAAAGGGAAUGGUCAACUGGCUCUGCCUGCCAGACCUACUCAAGUGUUUCUUGGCCUGGAUCCUGAAGUACACAGAAUAUCAGCAAAAGUUCAUAGCCAAGUGGAGGUCCCUGGACCUGGACGUGCUGCUGAUGCCAGCUAUGGACCCCGCCUCCCAUAUAUGCUAUUCUGAGAUAGGAACAGAUAUUGUCUCCUACACCGGCCUGUACAACAUCCUGAACUUCCCUGCUGGCGUUGUGCCGGUCACCACUGUGACGCCGCAGGACGAGGAGGAACUGGCCUUCUACACGGGAUACUACAGAGAUAGUACCCAAAAUAGCGCUCCGGGGACGCUGCAGUGCUUCCCGGCCUCCUCAUUCCUGCAGCCGCUGACUGUUGGCUACUCAUGGGUCAUGGUCAGCUUCUUCUCUGGGGAACAGCCUUCAGCUGCCUCACCCAAGGAAUUCUCCUCCUUUACUGGCUUUUUCAAGUUCCAAGGUCGAGGAUGGAAGAUUAGGUCUCUUCAGGGGGACCUAGAGAGGCUACCUUCCUCUGGCCCCAUCCCUGCUGGCCGCACGUUUAUGCCAGUCAGAAGCCUCCUGAAGGCUCGACAGUCAGAAGCCAACAACGUCCAGUCCACAGAGAAUGGGGAGCCUCAGAGCCCCUCUGGUGCAGCAGACCUCUCCAACACGGGCGAUGACCACGCGAUCCACACCAUCGGACUCGUCGUAUUGGUCACCAACAUCACUGACGAAUUUCGUGCUCCAGCUUCCCCGGCCCAAGGACGCGGCUGCGGGGUGGAAGGCGCCUGCCGGGCAGGGGCCUCGCCCGGCCCAGCCCGCCGACCCGCCGCGGGCCCCGCUCCUUCCCAGGCGCCCCCGCGCCGCCGGCGCUUUGAAGUCCCAAUCCGGCAAAUAGAGUCAAUCAAUUAUGAAGGGAACAAUCUGGCGGCCCCUCGGGGAGCGGCGGCCGAGCGAUCCCGGGGGAUUAGGCCGCAAAUCGCGCUGAGCCUCCCUAAGUGA